AUGUCAAAUCAAUAGCAACUGAAAGAAGAGUUACAGUUGUAUAGAUCUUAAUUAAGCAAAUUGAGUGUGGAGAGAGAUUAGACAGUGUUUGAACUAAAUAAAGUGAUUAGAUUAGUCGAGAGAUUGCAGAUUAAAAUUACAGAAAAGGAUGCCGAGAUAUUGAUGCUGCAUACCUAAUUGGAUGAGUAGGAAAAAUAUCAUUAAAUACAAUUGGAAUAAGUCAAAUAGCAUUAUGAGUAUUUGAAGGAAAGUGCAAUUGUUAGACUCAAGUCUGAAAUGAAUUUUGAUUCUGAGAUCAUGACCAAGGAAAUUCAGGAGACUAAGCAGUUGUACUAAGAAAUCUUGGUAAUGGAAGCCAAGCGGAAGUCAUCCUGUUCUUAGGAGGAGACUCAUUGUCAAUCCAUUAAUGAUUACUAGAAACUCUUUACUGAGAAAUAAGAAUUAUAGCAAUUGGUUGAUAAACUGUAGAGGGUGAAGGAUAGUUAGGAAUGUGAUCAAUCUGAUGAGCUCAUCUAGGAGAUACAAUAUUUACGUGAAUAACUGUAGAAAUUAACCAUUGAAUUAGAAACUGCCAAAUAGACCAUAAAUGUUCUCCAAGUUCAAAUUCUUAAAUAGUAAGAUUUAUUGAAAGAAUACUACUCUAACGACUUUCAGGGGUGAUUCAUCUGAAUUAAUUUUCCCAUUUCUAUAAUAAAAAUUUAAUUUGAGA